AUGGCGGGAGUUCAAAAAGUUAGAUUAAAUAAUUUGAAUAUUAACUUAAAAAACGCGUUGAUUAUCGGUAUUAUAAUUGCUAAGAACAGUCCGCGUACGGUGGGAUCCAAGAAGAAAAAUAAUGAAUCUAGAGGGGUCACAUCUUUCACUGUAAGAGAUUCAGAGGUAGACACGAUCAAUGUCGACGUUUGGGGAUCCGAAUAUUUUGUUUUAACUUUUUACGAAAGAUAUUUAGUUGGGGAUGUCGUUGAAAUCACUUCACCAAAAAUUUGCGUUAAAACUGGUGAUAAUGAAGCAUACAGGCCUCAGGUGACUUCACCGUUUUACUUGAGCUUAAACGAAGGUAUGUCAGAUGUCAGCAUCCACAGCGGAGACGCCUUUAGCAUGUACUUACCGCUCCUUCACAUACCAACUAAACAAUGUUCUGGAUACUACGGGCUUGCUGAAGUGUUGAAACUGCCAGAUGCGUCUAAUAAUGUCUACGUGGACUUGUUGGUAGUUGUGAAAACCGUAAAACCUGCAAAAUCUAUAAAAACAAAAACUGGUGUAGACAUGUCGGUGCGAGGAGUGGAGAUAAUAGACAACACGACGCCAGCUUCCGUUAACUUGGAUGUUUUUGACAUCGAUACCAUACAAAGAGCUGAUGAGUGGCGUCCUUUAGAAAGCGUGCUAUUCAUAGCGGAUGCUCGUGUAUCUUGGCGAUCUAGGGCAGUCAGCGUGCAAGUCUGUGCCAAAACCGUGAUCACCCAUCAACCUCAUACAGCAGACGCAGAAGCUCUUAGGCUGCAUAUACGAAACCAGUCUACGGCGCGUGGUGGAGAAGCAGCGGCAUGGGCAGCGUGGAGUGGUGAGCGCUCAUGCGCAGCAUCUGUGGCACAAAUACGUGACAGAGUCGCAGGCGCAGCGCCAUUCUGUGCUUCACUCCACGCACUACUUACACACCUGGAUUUGGAUGAGCUUGACAAAUUGGAUAAUAAUCCUGAAGAAAAUAUUCGGGUGCGUUUCACUGAUCACACUGGAGAGUUGACUGCUCGACUUCCUGUCAAUGUUCUCGAGGACACUUUGGGAUAUACAAUACAGCAGUUAAAAGCCAUGCCAUCAGAGAAUAGGUCAGCGGUACGUUGGGCGAUUCUUUUGGAGCAAUGCACCGUGAAGUUAGGAGCUUCACCACCUCGCCUGAUCGUCCUGUCACUGAGACGAGCCACACAAGCUGAUCCAAUACCGCUCUAUUAA